CGCGAUAAGCCUCACAAGGAUCCUUCUGGUAUGAGGAGAUCGUUCCCCAAAAUGUACCGUACUGAUCCAUCCACCAUGCCAAUGGAACAGUUACACAAAUUGUGUAUUGAAAUUCUCGAAGCUGGUGUGGUGAUCCCGUUCAACCAUUCAUUUAGGAAAUACCUUCUCAACGUUGUGGAUGUUCUGUUCGACGGUGAAAUGCCACCUUGCAUUGCCAGUCUUCGUGAUCAAGAUGAUUUUCUUCGUGAUUUAAUUCGCGGGCGUGAGCUUGCUUGA